GCGGGGGCGGGGCGGGCGGGCGGGCCAAUGGGGCGGCGGCGUCUUGGCGCCGCUCUACCCGCCGCCCGCCGCUCGAUGGUCCCAGGAGGCGGCGGGAACCCAAGAUGGCGGCGGCGCUGUCGGUGGCGGGCGCCGUGAGGGCCCCGAGCCCGGCGCUGCCGGCGGCGGCGGGCCCAGGACCGGGGCCGGGCCGGGCCCCCGAAGAGGAACUGCCGGUGCUGGAGCCCGCCGAGGUGCGGAGCCGCCUGGAGCGCAGCGCCCGCCAGUUCCGUAACCGCCGCAAGGUGCUGAUCCGCGGGCUGCCGGCGGACGUCAGCAACCAGGAAGUCCACGAUCUGCUGAGCGACUACGAGCUGAAAUACUGCUUUGUGGACAAAUACAAAGGGACUGCGUUUGUCACUUUGCUCAAUGGGGAACAAGCGGAAUCGGCCAUCAAAAAAUUCCACCUGAGCAAACUGCGGGAGAAAGAGAUUUCGGUGCAGCUGCAACCCACGGACGCUCUCCUCUGCAUCGCCAACCUCCCCCAGCUCUACACCCAGCAACAAUUCGAAGAGCUGGUCCGUCCUUUCGGCAACCUGGAACGUUGUUUCCUGGUUUACAGCGAGAAAACGGGACACUCGAAAGGUUACGGCUUCGUGGAAUAUAUGAAAAAGGAUUCGGCGGCCAGAGCCAAGUCGGAUUUGUUGGGGAAGCAGUUGGGGACGAGGACUCUCUACGUCCACUGGAUGGACGUCAACCAGUUGACGUUGGAGCUUCUCCAUUCCAAGUGCUUGUGCGUCGACAAGCUGCCCCACAACUACACCGACCUCGAGGAGCUGCGGCAGGUCUUUUCCGCCGCCUGCCCCCCCACUUUCUGCCAGUUGGCCUACGGGCAGGACGGGCAACUGAAAGGCUUUGCUGUCCUGGAAUACGAGUCGGCGGCGAUGGCCGAGAUGGUCCAACAGGCCACCGAUGGUUUGCCGCUCGCCGGGAAUCAUGUCCGAGUCUCCUUCUGCGCUCCCGGCCCUCCCGGCCGCAGCAUGUUGGCCGCCCUGAUAGCCGCGCAGGCGACGGCGCUGAAUCGUGGGAAAGGGCUUCUCCCCGAGCCGAAUAUCCUCCAAAUUCUCAACAGCCUGGGAAAUCCCGCUUCCCUCCAGCUGCUGCUCAACCCCCUGCUCCAUGGAGCUGUCGGAGGCAAACAGGGAAUCCUCGGCGCCGCUCCCUCCGUGCCGCUGGUCGCCAACCCGGCUCUUUCCACGGCUCUGCUCCAACUGGCCCUGCAGAACCAAACCCAAGCGCAGCAGAAGGCAUUGCUUGGCAACUCCCUGUUACUGCAGAACCAGGCCUGGACCCAGCUGCUGCAGAACAAGGAGAACCAAACCCUCUUCCAUCAGAAACCGGGGAUCCUGGGCGACUCGCCGCUGAGCUCCCUGCCCCACGGCGCCCUGGCUUUGGCCAACGCUCCGGCGCAGCCCCCCAACCAGCUCCUGGGAGAGCUUUCCUCCGGUGGCCCCUUGCCCGGUGAGAUGGCUCAGGGUCACGUAAAAUCACCGAUUUUGCCUUCCGGAAAUGUACCGCUGGCUUCUUUCCUUGCUCCGGUGGGAGUAGACCGGGAAAAUGCCGUGUUGGGGACUCAAGUGCCUCAGCUCACCCCUCCCGCCGUCACCCCCCCGGCCCUGCAGGGUCUCACCACCUCCCUCCUGGGCUCCGUCAUCAGCGGCCUCCAAAAACCAAAGCAGGGCGAGAACGGCCCCCCCGCCUCCGGGGUCUCGCUCCUGGGGGAGCCCCCCAAAGACUUCAAAAUUCCUCUCAACCCCUACCUGAACCUGCACAGCCUCCUGCCGGCGAACAGCCUGGGAGGUGCUGCCGGCAAAGGGUUUAACCUGAAAAGCGGGGUUUUGGGGAGCGUGGCCAACCCCCCCCGCGUCUCCCAGCCCCCCCUGGCCGACCCCCUUCUGCCCGCGCCCGGCCUGGCCGGGGACACCUACGCCUUCGACUACCAGCCGGAUCUGGGCUCCCGGCUUUUCCCCCCUCCCCGAGACCAGGCUGGCCCCGUCCUGGGGGGCUUCGGGCCCAGCAGGCACAAGCUCUCUUCAUCUCCGGGCUUCGAGCGGGGGGGGGGUUUGGCCCCCCCCUUGCCCCCCUUUUACUCAGGAUCCCCCAGUUCCUACUUCACCAGUGGCCUUCAAGCUGGGCUCAAGCAGAGUCACCUCAACAAGGCCGUCGGGAUGCCACCGUCGGGCUCCGCCGACGCCGUCCUCGCCUUGGCACCCCCCAGCCACUCGCACAACUCCCACUCAAAGACCCCCCUGGGGGGGCAAAAAAGAGCCUUCUCCCACCUCCUGCCCUCCCCGGAGCCCAGCCCCGAAGGCUGCUACGUGGGGCAACACUCCCAGGGCCUGGGGGGCCACUACGCCGACUCCUACCUGAAGCGCAAGAGGAUAUUUUAACGGCCCCCCCCCUCAAAAAAAAAAAAAAAAAUCCCCCCUCCCCCCCUGUAAAUCUUGUACAAACGUGGGUUGUUUGGUUUUUUUUAAUUUUUUUAAAUGUUUUGUCCUUUUUUUUUUUUUUUUGGCGGGGGGGGCGCAGGGAUUUUUGAAGGGUUUUAAAGUGAUACGAAUGACUUGACACCCCCCCACCCCCGAGGAUGGGGCGGGGGGGGGGGUGUCUCUCUCUGCAUUCCCCCCUCACCCCCCCCAGGGGCCGUAAGGGGGUCACUGAGAGCCCCCCCCUUUCCUUCCCCAGUUCCCCCCCCCCCCUUCUUUUUUCCCCAGUUUCCCCCUCCCUUUUUUU